AUGCGAUCACUUGGAGUACUCAGCUUUUGUGCCUUUCUAACCUGCUCAUUGGCUGUGACUUGCCAUGACUCUUCAAAGGGACGGGAAAGCUGUUGGUUGAAAUGUUACUACGCGGUUGCCUAUGAUAAUUGCAAGGGAGAGCAAAUGUUCCGAAUACAAGGAUGUGCCUCUUUCGCGUGUCUUUUCACGAAAGAUGAUGGAUGUCUCUCAUUCGGCGGAGCGCAAAACACGUAUCGUUUAUGUUGUUGCAAUGGGAAAUUCUGCAAUUCAAUCGAGAGCAUCCAGGAAAAAUCAAAAAUCCCAAAACACUCAAACGAAACAUUCAACCAAUUGUGGAAAACUGAUUGCACGAGUGAUUCAACGUUUGAUCGAGUGCUCCGGAAACUUCCUUUUCUUGAUUCGGAUCGA